AUUUAGACUCCACUUGAUCUCUAUUCACUAUAUAAUGCUCUAACAAUCUUCCAAAGUUUGAAACAACAUAUCAUAAAGAAAUCUAAACAUGACGAGAUGUAUCAACCUCAAAAUAUGGCUUCUCAACUUGAUUAUCUUCACCAUAUUUGCUAUCACCUAUGGUGGGAGAUUAAAUCAAAAUCCUGAGUUUAAAGUGAGAGCAGUUAACCUGGGUGGUUGGUUGGUCACUGAAGGUUGGAUGAAACCUUCUCUCUUUGAUGGAAUUCCAAAUAAGGACUUCUUGGAUGGAACAGGUCUUCAGUUCAAAUCUGUGACAACUGGAAAAUAUCUGUGUGCUGAGUCUGGUGGAGGAACCAUCCUAGUUGCAAACCGCACAACUGCUUCUGGUUGGGAAACAUUUAAAUUGUGGAGAAUAAACGAGGCUACUUUCAGAUUAAGGGUGUUCAACAAACAGUUUGUGGGGUUAGAUGGGAUUAAAGUGGUUGCUACUUCUUCCAACACUUCUAAGACGUUUCAUAUUAUUAAGGAAAAUGACAAUUCAACCCGUGUUCGAAUCAAAGCAUUCAACGGACAAUUCAUACAGGCAAAGACGGAGGAGCUGGUGACGGCUGAUGUUUCAGAGGUUAAUGGAUGGGAAGAUGAUGACCCAACCGUUUUUGAAAUGACGAUCUCUUCAAGGUUGCAAGGUGAAUUCCAAGUAACAAAUGGUUAUGGUCCAAUAAAAGCUCCACAAGUUAUGAAGGAGCAUUGGAGCACUUUCAUUGUGGAAGAUGAUUUCAAUUUCAUAGCCACUAAUGGACUAAAUGCUGUUAGAAUUCCAGUGGGCUGGUGGAUAGCAAGUGACCCAACUCCACCGUGGCCCUACGUUGGAGGCUCCUUGCACGCACUAGACAAUGCCUUCUUGUGGGCACAGAAAUAUGGAUUGAAAAUCAUCGUUGAUCUUCAUGCUGCACCUGGUUCUCAAAAUGGCUUUCAACAUAGUUCUUCAAGAGAUGGUUCUCAAGAGUGGGGGAAAUCAGAUGAAAGCAUCCAACAAACAGUUAACAUUAUAGACUUCCUAUCUGCAAGGUAUGCAAGAAGUCCAAGUCUUCAUGCAAUUGAGCUCAUAAAUGAGCCUCUCUCACCUGGUGUGACACUAGAGAGUUUGAACAAGUACUACAAGGCUGGUUAUGAAGCUGUGCGCAAACACUCAUCCACAGCUUAUGUGGUGUUAUCAAAUAGGUUAGCAUCGUCAGACCCAAAGGAACUCUUCCCCGUUGCAAAUGGCUUUAUACGAUCUGUGAUUGAUGUCCACUACUACAACAUUUUCGAUGAUGCAUUUGAAAACAUGUCUGCACAACAGAACAUUGAUUUCAUUUACACAAAUCGCUCAUCAGAGUUGAAUUAUAUCACAACCUCAAAUGGCCCUCUAACUUUUGUUGGUGAAUGGGUUGCUGAUUGGCGAGUAAAAAAUGCUACAAAAGAAGACUUUCAAAGAUUCGCAAAGGCCCAGAUAGAUGUUUUUGGACGAUCUACAUUUGGUUGGGCUUAUUGGGCUUUCAAGAAUGCCAACUUGCGUUGGAGUUUGGAAUGGAUGAUCAAGAAUGGCUACGUCAACCUUUAGACGGAAAAAAAAUGCUUGUUGCAAAAAAGAAAACCAUAGGAAAUGUUUUGGACAAAACAAAUAAUAAUGAAAGUUGGGUAUCCACUGUUUUUAAUUAAAUAAUUGCAUAAUA